AUGAGUCAAAGGCCGAUUCCGGGCCAAGAGGAGCCCAGAGGCAAAAGAUCAGCCCCAAGGGAAGGGGGAGGGGCAGGCGCCACAACUAAGGGAUCCUGGGCUCCAGGUUCGAGAAUUGCGGUGAAGACGACGCCCAGUUUAUCGGGCCGCCCUGGAAUGAGAGAUCACCAUGAAUCUAUGACCGAUGGCUUGAGGGCGGAGCUGGACCAGCUACCAGGGUGGACAUGGCACUAG